AAAAUUUGUAAUGGCGGUGACGAGUGCGUAAUUACGCGUGUGUGUGUGGAUACAUUUGUAAAAUUGCUACUUGAAGUCGUGCGGAAAAAAAAUCUCGAGCUGCGAAAAUGGGAAAGGGAUUCAAUAAUUACAUGUGCAAGAAAUUCUUUCAUCCAGCGUCGCGAGAUAAUUUGAAACGAGUAUGGAUGGCAGAACAGCAAGCAGAGGCUUACAAGAAGAAGCAGGAAGAAUUAAGAGUUCAGUAUGAAAAGGAACAAGAUCUUCAUAAUAACAAAGCAUUGCUUAGCAAAGAAAGCAAGGAUAAACUCAGUGUAAACUUCAUGUAUGAGCCACCCCCUGGAGCAAAAAAAGAGAGAGAGAAAGAAGAUAACGAGCCAGAAUAUAAGUUCGAGUGGCAGCGAAAAUAUAAUGCUCCAAGAGAGAGUUAUUGCAAAGGAGACAGUGAGAUUCGAGACCAACCAUUCGGUAUACAAGUGAGGAAUGUACGUUGUAUCAAGUGCCACAAAUGGGGGCACAUAAAUACAGAUAAGGAGUGUCCUUUGUAUAGCCAAGCAAUGAGCGUUGUAAUGGCAAAUAAUUCACAAACACCGUCUGCCCCGGACACUAUGACGCUUGUACAACAAAUGCGAGAAGAUGGUUUGGCUCUGAAAAAAUCUGCACUAGAUGCACAACAGCAUUUACGAGUUCCGGAACAGGAGCAUCUUAUGGUCUCUGAAGAUGAAGAGCAGUCUGAAUUAUCAUUCCUCAAAUCUCUAUCGAAGAAAGAGAAGAAGAAAUUAUUAUUGAAACUGCAGUUAUUGGAGAAGAAAAAUCGCAAGAAAGAAAAAAGACAAUUGAAAAAGAAAAAAUCGAGCAGUAACAAACACUUGAGCAAUAGCAGUGAUAACAGCAGCAGUAGCAGUAGUAGCAGCAGCAGCAGCAGUAGUAGUAGUAGUAGUAGUAAUAGUAGUAGUAGUGAUAGCGAUAGCAGCAGUAGCAGCAGCGACUCGGAAAAUUCCGAUGUGAAAAGAGACAGAAAAAAAAGGAAAAAGUCAGUUUCCAAAGAAAAACGUACUCAUAAGACUCACAAGCAUAAGAGCAAACGUAUUGAUAUGCACAAACACAAACAUAAGGAGAAGAACAACAGUGCUAAACAUAACAGGGACAAGAGUCGCCACAGUAGAAAGAGAAAAAUUAAAGAUGAAGAUAAGGACAGAGAGAACUUGCGACACAGUGAGGCAAAGAGAAAACACACGCAUCAUUAAUAAUUAUUUUUGCAAGAUCUGUAAAAUGUUGAUAUGUGUAUAUCUCCUGUGAAAAUAUGUAAUAAUAAAAACAUAAUUAUGACGUUAACAACUUAAAUAUGCAUUUCACGCAAUUUAAUUGCGCGAAUCGAACAUCUCGGAUAUUAAUGUAAAUUUGUUACUGAGGAUGGCGCGAGGAAUUUUUCAAGUGGGCAUGUUUUGACACAGCAAUACGAAUCGAUAUCUGAGUAACGUUUGCGCAUAUUAACAAAAUUGGUUGAAUAAAUUGCAGCAUUUUAUUCAAUGACAGUGGAAUAUACUCCUAAUAACGACCCGUAAUACAAACAUUAAUUCGCUGCAUAAGUUUUUUUAUUAUAAUAUAGCAUGCAUUUUAUAUCAUUUUUACAAAUCAAUGAAAUGCGUUAAUAUAUUAUUAUUAUUGGUAUCCUUAUAUAAUCAUGUGUAAUUUUAGUGCAACGUAUACAUGUCUUUCUCGCCAAGAUGAUACAUGGGACCAUCGAUAAUAUACGUAUAUUACAGAUAUUGGCCAGAUUGGGUUUACUUGUAAGGCGCGCAUCGCUUAAGUAGGUCUUAGAAAGUAUAAUAAUUUCUCUCACUCUAUAAUUCUGUUUCUAUAACACGGUUAGCUAGUAACAAUCCGUUUUUUUUUCUGCAUAUAUAUUUUUUUCCAUAUAUAUAUAACGUACGAAUGUAAAUUAUAUGUAAUACUAGCCACCAGUCGGCUUUUGAACACUUGGGCACUUUGAAAUCUGUUUGCGUGAUCGUUCUUUGCAAAUGGAUUACAUUCUCUAUGUGAUAUGACACUAGAACUUUGGGAAGUAGAAUCCGGAUUGGCAGUUAUAUAUGUACAAUUAAUCCAUCAGUUAAUUACAAGUAGCAACGAGACUCGAUGUAUAUAGAUAAAAAGAGAAUACACUCACUAUUAUAAUUGAAACAUCGUACUUAUUCAUACCUCUACACUACCGGAAAUGACAUUAGCAGUCGUGAUUAUCCCUACGAGAGAAAUGCCGUUCCGUAAAAUGCAACAUUAUACUGUUGCCCUAAAUACAAUCGUCUCAGAGGAUUAAUUCCACUUUCUCUCUCUCUCUCUCUCUCUCUCUCUCUCUUACAUACAUAUAUAUAUAAUACAACAAUUGUCCGUUUUUCUCUUUUCGUUUUUAUUCCAGGAUCGCCGUUUUGCUUUACCACGUAAACCAAACUACAUUCAAUGGAAUUAAUUACACUGUAAUUGUAGAAACGAGACAACUGGACUUACUCGCCCCCAACACUUAUAUUACGACGUCUCAUCUUGCGCGAACGCGAAUCAAAAUCAUCAUAACACAUCCAGGGUACGCAAAAUGCACUGGAAUGUAAUACUCAUUUCCGCAAGAAUCGACGUCAAAAAUCCGAGCGUGUCUCUUACAUAUAUAUAUACUUCGAUAUCUAUUGCAUGGAAAGCAAAUUAUUUAUAAUGGAGAUUAUAAUGGAGAUUAGAAAAGUACAUUCUCACUCGAAGUGCACAUUACUUCGCUUAAAAUGAUCCGGUCGCAAACUUUCCAAGAUAUUAGAAACAAGAAAUUCUACUAUGUAGAAAACAUAACAAUGCCUCGAUCUAACAAAGAUAGAAAAAAAAA